AUCCCAACUACUACUACUACUCACUAGCGGUAGCUCACAAUGGCAGGCACAAAGCUAGUAUCACUGGGGCUCAUUGUUCUCAUGAGCAUGGGGUUAGCAAAUGCUGUGAGGGUGGCUAGAUUCUCUACUGCUGAUGGGAGUGGACAAGGAGGGGGAGGGGGUGGCGGUUACGUGAAUGGUGCGGGAUCAGGGGUCGGGUCUGGCACCGGAGUAGGUGACAGUAGUCCGGAGGGUGUCCAUGCAAGUGCUGGAGGGGGUGGCGCAGGCGGUGGAACUAGCCAGUAUGGUGGAUCUGCAUAUGGUGUAGGGUUAGGGUCAGGUUCGGCGAGUAGCACGUACAGUGGUAGUGAUGGAGGGUCUUCCAGUGCUGGUGGUGCUGGCGGGGGCGGUGGCGGCGGAAAAGCUGGAGGUUCUUGGGACUCCAGCGCUCAAGGGUCUGGUAGUGGCGUCGGUUCUGGUUCUGCCUAUUCUAACAGGUAUCCGUACGGGCCAAGAUAUGCAGGUGCAACUGCUAAUGGCAACGGUGGCGGCACGGGGAACAGCCAGAAUGGCGGUGCUGGCGGCGGUAAAGGUUCUGGAUCUGGGUUCGGCGAUGCCAUUCCCUGAUUUCUGUAUCGAGUGAAUCUAAAGCUGGAGCCCAUCGCCCUUUCUUGUUUUGGAGUCACAGGAUUACUGUUUUUGUUUUGUUUUUUUUCUUUUCUAGCUGUGUUGUGCUUUUGUUAGAAUUUGAAUUAAUAAAGGGCCCGGCUGUUCAAGUAACAGUAGCAGUCUAGUGUAAGCCUGUAAAGGUGCAGCUUAUGCGAAGAUGUAAGCCUGCCAGUUUAUGAAAGAAAUCAUACUCCUUUGUCAUUUGGUCACUAUAUAUAUCUGAAGAUUUUUUUUAG